AUCCACCCAUAAAAGACUAAUGUUUAAGAAGUAAUUUUCUUGCAUCAAGAAGCAUAAUUUUCAUUGUCAAUUUUUGUUGAAGGUUUCUCGGGACUUUGAAAGGGUAUGUCAGUAAUAGAGCACGUCCAGAAGGUUCUAUCGCUGAGGCUUACAUUGUCAAAGAGUGUCUUACUUUUUGUUCAAUGUACUUAAAAGGGAUUGAUAAACCUGAACGAAAUGAUGAUGGUGGUGAACGUGGUCCCGGGAUGGAGGUCUUUACCCAAAAUGCUCGUCUAUUCUCACCUAUCACAAGGGCUCUUGACCCUUCGCAAAAUGAACGAGAAAUGGCUCACUGGUUUGUGUUGUACAAUAGCUCUGAGGUGGAGCCAUAUAUUGAGGAGCAGAAGAAUAUUUUACAUAAUGUACAAGGACGUGACAUAAGUCGGGUACAACGGGAAGAAUUUCCAAAAUGGUUCAAAAAUCGUAUGAAUGAUUUGCGAACGAAAGGGUCACCUGAAGCAACUGACGAAUUGUGGUCAUUAGCAAAUGGGCCUGGAUCGGUAAUUGACUUUUAUUCUGGGUGCAUCUACAAUGGAAUUCGAUUCCAUACUAGAAACCGUGAAAAUCGUCGUACCUGCCAAAAUAGUGGGUUGGUCGUAGAAGGGGACCAUAAUGGGAACCAAAUUAAUUUUUACGGCUACUUGUGCAAAAUAUGGGAAUUGAAAUACUUGCAUGGGGGUACAGUGGUUUUGUUCCAAUGUGAAUGGUAUGACACCGGUCACAAGAAUAGAAUAUACUCCGAUGAACAUGUCACAAGUAUUGAUGUUACAAGACUUUGGUAUAAAGAUGACCAAUUUGUUCUACCUAGUCAAGUAAGACAAGUAUUCUAUGUCAAUGAUACCAGCAAAGGCAAAAAUUGGAGAGUCGUUGAACGUGUUAAGCAUCGGGGAGUAUGGGAUAUACCAGAGCAGAAGUUUGAUGGUUUAACUGAGCUUAGAAAGAAAUCCUUGGAUUCACCAGUGGAAAAAGUAAUGGCUCAAUUGGAUCAAUUGCGGGAAGUCAAGUUUGGAAAGGAUCCUACCAACAAGAAAAGACCAUGA